CCUUGCCUUUAUAAGAAGGCAGUGCCGCCGUUGAGAGCAAGGUACCUGGACAAACUUGCAGCAUUUCGCUCCAACACAUCAUUUCCUUUUGUGAUUCCUGAUACCAGAAACCCAAGUGACCGAAAAUGGAGAAGGCGACGAGCUUGUCGGGAUUGGUGAGGACGAAAUCGGACCAACUGGUGGAGACACUAGCGGCGGCGUUCAAGUCCCCGCCGUCGUCGGUGGCGGCGGGGUCAGGAGGGAGCGGUGAGGUGUCGGAGAGCGUAGGAGCGUCGAGGAGGUCGAGCCGGAGGAUGACGGGGGCGUCGCCGGGAAGAAGCGGCGGCAAGAACACGCACAUCCGCAAGUCCCGGAGCGCGCAGAUGAAGUUCGAAGUGGAGGAGAUGAUCAGCAGCGGGGCGGCGCUCAGCCGAGCUUCCAGCGCCAGCUUGGGGCUUUCCUUCUCCUUCACGGGCUUCAACAUGCCCCCCGACGACAUCAUCGCCGAUUCCAAACCCUUUAGCGACGACGACAUCCCUGAAGAUAUAGAGGCUGGAACCGGAAAGCUCAAAUUCCAGACAGAACCCACCUUGCCAAUUUAUCUCAAGUUCAGUGAUGUGACAUACAAGGUGGUGAUGAAAGGAAUGACUUCAACCCAGGAGAAAGACAUCUUGAACGGAAUCACAGGCUGCGUCAACCCUGGUGAAGUUCUUGCUCUCAUGGGGCCUUCAGGAAGUGGGAAAACCACACUUCUCAACCUGCUGGGCGGGCGGUUGAACCAGUCCAAUAACCGGGGCGGCUCAGUCACUUACAAUGACCAGCCUUACUCAAAGUCCCUCAAAAGCAGGAUAGGAUUUGUGACUCAGGAUGAUGUCUUGUUCCCUCAUUUAACCGUGAGAGAAACGCUGACAUAUGCUGCCCUUCUACGACUGCCGCGUUCACUGACUCGAGAAGAGAAGACAAAACGGGCAAUCGAUGUCAUCCAAGAACUUGGCCUCGAGAGAUGCCAGGACACGAUCAUCGGCGGGUCGUUCGUCCGGGGAGUCUCCGGCGGGGAGAGGAAGCGAGUCUCGAUCGGGAACGAGAUCAUCAUCAACCCUUCGCUUCUCUUUCUCGACGAACCCACUUCCGGGUUGGACUCCACCACAGCGCUGAGGAUCGUCCAGAUGCUGCAGGAAAUCGCAGAGGCCGGCAAAACGGUGGUCACCACAAUUCACCAGCCCUCCAGCAGGCUGUUCCACAAGUUCGACAAGCUGGUGCUUUUGGGGAAAGGAAGCUUGCUCUACUUCGGGAAAGCGUCGGAAGUGAUGGCAUAUUUCUCGUCGAUUGGGUGUAACCCUCUCCUAGCGAUGAACCCUGCGGAGUUCCUUCUGGAUCUCGCUAAUGGCAACAUAAACGAUGUCUCGGUGCCUUCGGAAUUGGAGGACAAAGUUCAUGUGGGGAGUGGUGAAGCUGACACCAGAAACGGGAAGCCCACUCCUGCCAUUGUUUACGAGUAUCUGGUGGAGGCCUACGAGACACGAGUUGCCAAGAGGGAGAAGAAGAAGCUGUUGGCUCCAAUACCUCUAGAUGAAGAAGUGAAGUUGAAAGUCUCAUCUCCAAAACGACUGUGGGGAGCAACCUGGUGGGAGCAGUACAAUAUACUGUUCUGCAGAGGGAUCAAGGAGCGCCGCCAUGACUACUUCAGCUGGUUAAGAAUCACACAGGUGGUCUCCACGGCAGCCAUAUUGGGCUUGCUCUGGUGGCAGUCUGAUACCAGCUCUCCUAAAGGUCUCCAGGAUCAGGCCGGGUUGUUGUUCUUCAUCGCUGUGUUCUGGGGAUUUUUCCCGGUUUUCACCGCCAUCUUCACAUUCCCUCAAGAACGUGCGGUGUUGAGUAAGGAGAGAUCAGCUGAUAUGUACAGGUUGAGUGCAUAUUUCAUGGCCAGAACUACAAGUGAUCUUCCACUGGACCUGAUUUUGCCAGUUCUGUUCCUUCUGGUGGUGUAUUUCAUGGCCGGGUUGAAAAUGGGCGCUGCUCCCUUUUUCUUGACCAUGAUCACAGUUUUUCUCUGCAUUGUUGCAGCUCAGGGGCUUGGACUCGCCAUUGGUGCAAGCUUGAUGGACUUGAAGAAGGCUACUACUUUAGCUUCAGUUACUGUCAUGACCUUCAUGCUUGCUGGAGGCUUCUUUGUUAAUAGAAUCCCAGUUUUCAUAUCUUGGAUACGCUACAUGUCAUUCAACUAUCACACGUACAAGCUGCUUUUGAAGGUACAGUACGAGCAUAGAAUGCCAGUUGUUGGUGGAACCAGAAUCGACAGUGGUUUAGAGGAAGUGUGUGCUCUGGUUGCCAUGGUAUUUGGCUACCGCAUUUUGGCCUAUAUUUCUCUGAGGAUGAUGAAGUUACAGUCUGGUGCCUGAUAGAUUAUAAUAAAGGAUUGUUUAUCAGGAACAUGAGAUGAUCAUCUAGCUAGCUUGUGAAAACCUUGUGUUCCAAGCCGAAGAGAAAGGGGAAAGUGAAGCUAUAGCCUAAACUAGCAGAUUUUCCACCUCUACCGGGUACCUGGUUCUUGUCAGGCUAAGACCUGCUCUGAAAAGAUGGGUCUUUCCUCCUGGCAUUAGGAAGCAUGAAGAUGAGCUUUUAGAAGUACUGACCGGGAACUCAAGUUCUUGUGAUAGAGUUUGACAAUAUGCAGUAUUGCUAAACAUUAAUCCAGCACUGAAAUUUCAACAAUAAGACUUGGAUGAUGGGAAGUAACUCUUGAGUGUGAUAUGGUAUAACUAGCAGAAUAGGUGCAAGUUUGGAAUUUUGUAACACAAACUCGAGCCAUAAGAUGCAUGUACAAUUUUCGUUUGACAUGAGACUUGGAAAUCAGAAGCUUGAUUACCAAGUUACUACCAUGUUUCUAUCUUUUGUCUUUUGAUCAUAAUGUUUACCGCUUUGGAAUUUGAAAUAUAUGGCUCUCUAUUCUCUGGCAAAACUGUUGUCCCAAAGGUUAAGAAUGCUCAAGUCAGUGUCAACGAGCCAAGUAGACCAAGCAAGGCAACAUCCAAAACAGGG